UUUAGACAUACUUCCUUCCACCAAGCAAAUCAAAAUUAUUUACAUUACGCCUAGCUCGACAUCAAGAUGGAUUCUUACUUCCACUUCAUCAAUGAUGAGUUUCUCACGGGUUCGCCUUCAGAUGAAUAUUCUGUAUACAACCCCGCGACCGAUACACUGGUCGGCAAUAUCAACCUCGCUCGUGAAACUGAAGUCGACGCCGCCGUAUCCGCCGCCCGCAUGGCCUUCGAAACCGGACCGUGGAGCACUUACACCGGCGCCCAGCGCGCAGCAUGCAUGUUGAAAUUCGCCGAUCUACUCGUCCCCAAUGCCGAGGAAAUAAGCAAGGCCGAAGUCAAAGCCAUGGGCCAGCCGUCCGCAAUCAUGCAGAACUUCAUCGUGCCGGCGUGCGCCGCGACUUGGAGGUAUUAUGCAGGCUGGGCAGAUAAGGUUGAGGGACAGACGUUUCCACAGGAAGAUGGCGCGUGGAGGAUGACGCAGUAUGAGCCGUUUGGAGUUUGUGCGGGAAUUGGGCCGUGGAAUGUUACGAUUUUGACUAUGGCAUGGAAAAUGGCCCCAGCGCUUGCAGCAGGUAACACUUUUGUCUUCAAGGGAUCGGAGAAGUCGCCAUUUAGCAUCUUGGUUCUUGCGAGGCUGUUCAAGGAAGCUGGAUUCCCAUCUGGCGUCGUCAACAUCCUCUCUGGGGAUGGAAAAACCGGAGCACUGUUGGCUUCUCAUAUGGACAUCGAUAAAAUCUCAUUCACUGGGUCUGGAGCCUCCGGUCGCAAAGUCGUAGAUGCAGCCAACAAGAGUAACCUGAAGAAAGUCACCCUCGAGCUCGGCGGCAAAUCCCCAUCCCUUGUCUUUGAAGAUGCUGACAUUGAGAACGCUCUGACUGGAAAUUCCCAGGGCUUCCUUUUCAACUCCGGCCAGGCUUGCAUUGCUGCCUCGCGUCUCUUUGUACACACCUCCAUUGCCGACAAAUUCAUCGAAGGACUCAAAGCCCGUUUCCAAGGUGCUCAAGGCAUUAUGGGCGAUCCGUCCGAGCCCACUACCAUGCUUGGUCCGCUCGCAGAUAGCAAGCAAAUGGAGCGAGUACUCGGGUUCAUCGAGACUGGUAAGACAGAGGCGAAGUUGAUUGUGGGCGGAGAAAGACAGAGUGAUAAGGGCGCAUUCGUACAACCGACCAUUUUCUUGAAUCCUGGGAAGGAAAGCCAGAUCUAUAAGGAGGAGGUUUUCGGGCCGGUUUUGACGGUGUUGACGUUCGAGACGGAAGAGGAGGCAAUUAAGUUGGCAAAUGAUACCUCUUAUGGUCUCUCUGCUUGUAUCUACACUGGAAGCACAUCCCGCGCCCUCCGUGUUGCCUCCAAGAUUAAAGCAGGAACGAUUGCCAUUAACUCUCCCUUCCUUCCGGAUAACAACACGCCAUUUGGUGGAUAUAAACAGAGUGGUAACGGAAGGGAGUUGGGUAAGGAGGGGCUGAUGUCGUAUCUGCAGGCGAAGACGAUCAAGAUCAACAUGGGGGUUUAAAGAAAGUUGGGAAAGGAAUGAAGAAAAAUAUGGAUGAAGGGUGUGUUUAGCGGCUUUAGGUGGACACGAAGAAUGAACUUUGAAGACUUGUAUGGUCCUAUUUGUACUGUUUCAAAACGUUGCGUCAUGCGUAAAACAAGUGUUGGUAACAAACUUCAAUACUCAUCGUCCGGGAUUCGAACCUAACAUAUGUAACUAUAAAUUAAC